AUGGGAUCCUCUCUGCUCCACAACCUGGACUUCCUUCUCAUCUCACUUCUCAGCACUUUAUGCCUGGCUUACGCAGAUGAUGUGCUUACGAGAGACGAGCAGAUAGGCCUUUUGUUCAGAGCCAAACAGAAGUGUGAGGAGAACAACAAGUCAACGCAGAAGGCUCCUGAAAGUUACUGCUCACCAGAAUGGGACGGCAUUGUUUGUUGGCCUGGAGGGCCUCCGGGAAAGCUUGUAUCAACCACCUGUCCGGAGUAUAUCCAUGACUUCAACCAUAAAGGACUGGCAUACCGUCGGUGUGACAACAACGGAACGUGGGAACUGGCCACAGCCAACAAGACGUGGGCCAAUUAUAACGAAUGUUCAAAAUUCCUCCUCCAUUACAACCCUAGCCAUGAAAGGGAGGUCUUUCAUCGUCUGUAUCUCAUCUACACAGUCGGGUACUCCAUCUCUCUGGGAUCACUCAUGGUUGCUGUCGUCAUCUUGGGAUAUUUUCGACGAUUGCACUGCACCAGGAACUACAUCCACAUGCACCUAUUUGUGUCCUACAUGCUAAGAGCUAUCAGUAUUUUUGUGAAAGAUGUUGUGCUCUACUCUGGAUCAGCCGUAGAGAGCAUGGAAAGAGUCACCGUGGAAGACCUCAAGUCCAUCACUGAGGCUCCGCCAGCCAACAAAACACAGUUUAUCGGCUGCAAGGUGGUUGUGACCUUGUUCUUGUACUUUCUGGCGACCAAUUACUACUGGAUCCUUGUGGAGGGUCUUUACCUCCACAGCCUCAUCUUUAUGACCUUCUUCUCAGACAGAAAAUAUCUAUGGGGAUUUACUCUGAUUGGAUGGGGAGUACCAGCUAUGGUUGUGACAGUUUGGGCAACUAUGAGAGCCACGUUUGCAGACACAGAGUGUUGGGACUUAAGUGCAGGCAAUUUGAAAUGGAUAUACCAAGUGCCAAUCCUGGCAGCUAUAGUGGUCAAUUUUAUGUUAUUUCUGAACAUCAUCAGAGUCUUGGCAACUAAACUACGAGAAACAAAUGCUGGCAGGUGUGACACCAGGCAACAGUACAGAAAACUGUUGAAGUCCACGAUGGUGUUGAUGCCUCUCUUCGGUGUCCACUACAUCAUAUUCCAUGCCAUGCCGUAUACAGAGGUGUCUGGAGUUCCCUGGCUGAUACAGAUGCACUAUGAGAUGCUGUUCAACUCCUUCCAAGGAUUCCUAGUAGCAAUUAUAUACUGCUUUUGCAAUGGGGAGGUGCAAGCUGAGAUCAAAAAGUCGUGGAGCAGGAGGACUCUGGCCCUGGACUUCAAAAGGAAAGCUCGGAGCGGCAGCAACACGUACAGCUAUGGUCCGAUGGUGUCACACACCAGUGUUACCAACGUCACUGCCAGAGGACCGCUGGCCCUUCACCUCACCACCAGGCUGGGGCCGGUGCCUGUUAACGGGCACAGGAACCUGCCUGGGUACGUGAAGAACGGCUCUGUCUCUGAGAACUCUUUACCCUCGUCAGGACAGGAGCUUCACAUUCCUGACGAGGAGCAUUCGGCUCAUACUCGGCCCUGCGAGAACGAGAAACCCUCACCUGUGGUGGAGGAGGAGAGGGAGACAGUCAUGUGACCUCCAGGCCACUUUUGGUAGGGAUGAAAACUGGAAGAAAAUAAAUGAAAUCAGUC